ACCUAGAAGUGAGAAAAUGCUCAAUUUCACCGAUGUGAAAGAGUUUAUUCUUUUGGGACUAACUAGUCAUCGGGAAUGGCAAGUUCUUUUCUUCAUCAUUUUUCUUGUGGUCUAUAUUAUCACCUUAGUGGGCAAUAUUGGCAUGAUCAUGUUAAUCAAGGUCAGUCCACAGCUCAAUAGCCCCAUGUACUUUUUUCUCAGUCAUCUGUCAUUCGUUGACGUGUGGUUUUCUUCCAAUGUCACCCCUAAAAUGUUGGAAAACCUGUUAUCAGAGACAAAAACUAUUUCUUACACUGGCUGUCUGGUACAGUGUUUCCUCUUCAUUGCCCUUGUCCAUGUAGACAUUUUUAUCCUUGCUGUGAUGGCCUUUGAUAGGUACAUGGCAAUUGGGAAACAUCUGCUCUAUGGCAGCAGAAUGUCAAGGGUUGUCUGUAUUCGACUGAUCUCUUUUCCUUACAUAUAUGGUUUUCUGACUAGUCUGGCAGCAACAUUAUGGACUUAUGGCUUGUACUUCUGUGGAAAAAUUGAGAUCAACCACUUCUACUGUGCAGACCCGCCUCUUAUCAAAAUGGCUUGUGCUGGGACCUUUGUCAAAGAAUAUACCAUGAUCAUUCUUGCAGGCAUUAACUUCACCUAUUCCCUGACUGUGGUUAUCAUUUCCUAUCUGUUCAUUCUCAUUGCCAUCCUACGGAUUCACUCAGCAGAAGGGAGGAAGAAGGCCUUCUCCACCUGUGGGUCCCACUUGACAGUGGUCAUCAUAUUUUAUGGGACUCUUAUUUUCAUGUAUCUCAGACGUCCCACAGAGGAGUCCGUGGAACAGGGGAUUUUCAUGUAUCUCAGACGGGAAAAGGUGGCUGUGUUUUACACCACAGUGAUCCCUAUGUUGAACCCCAUGAUCUACAGUUUGAGGAACAAGGAUGUUAAAGAAGCCACAAGCAAAGUGAUGAGCAGAAUAUGUGUAACUGAAUAA